AGGGAAGCAUUUUGCCGUCGUUGUUUCUCCUCUUCUUCAUAUUCUCUCCUCUCUCUCCUCUCUCCUCUCUCCUCUCUCCUCUCUCAGUCGUAGCAGCUCCUUUGGACAAUCUCUUUAACUCCGUCUUGCUUUUUUUUUUUUUUGAUUUAACUCUGUUGUCAUCGCAAUUCUUCUUUGGUGCUUGCACACAAUCUGAGAGAAUUCAUGUGAAUUAGUCGCCGGUGAUCGAAGUUGUUUCUUCUCGAUUUUGAGAGAUCUGGGCUAUUUGGUUAGCAGCAAUGAAGCGGAUUAGAGAUGACGUGUACUCCUCCGGGUCUCAAUUCAAACGUCCUUUGCCCUCUUCUCGUGGCGAAUCAUAUGUGCAGUCUCCAGUACCUGGUGAUGGGGGAGUGAACUCUCAGAAGCUGACUACCGAUGAUGCUUUGUCUUACUUGAAGGACGUUAAGGAGAUGUUUCAGGAUCAGAGGGACAAGUAUGAUAUGUUUCUUGAGGUUAUGAAAGACUUCAAGGCACAAAGGACCGAUACAUCUGGUGUGAUUGCACGAGUCAAGGAGUUGUUUAAAGGGCAUAACAAUUUGAUUUUCGGGUUUAACACGUUUCUGCCUAAGGGGUUUGAAAUAACGCUUGAUGAAGUAGAAGAAGAAGCUCCACCUAAGAAAACUGUUGAAUUUGAAGAAGCCAUAUCUUUUGUUAAUAAAAUUAAGAAACGGUUCCAGAACGAUGAAGAUGUCUAUAAGUCUUUCUUGGAGAUCUUAAAUAUGUAUCGGAAGGAUGAUAAGGACAUCACUGAGGUUUACAAUGAGGUAUCGGCUCUUUUUGAGGACCACCUGGAUUUGCUUGAAGAGUUUACUAGGUUCUUGCCAGAGUCUUUGGCGGCUCAUUCAGCAGCUCAGUUAAUCCGGAGUCAGGCCCAACGGUAUCGUGACCGAGGAUCAGGUCCUCCUCUUGUGCGUCCAAUGUUAAUAGAGAAGGAUCGCCGACGAGAAAGGGCUGUUGCUUCUCGGGGUGACCGUGAUCAUAGUGUUGACCGUUCUGACCUUAAUGAUGAUAAAGCAAUGGUUAAGAUGCACAGAGAGCCGAAGAAACGAGUCGAUAAGGAGAACAGAGAAAGAGAAAGAGAAAGAGAAAGAGAAAGAGAAAGGAGAAGCCGUGAUUUGGACGAUGCAGAAGCAGAGCAAGAUAACUUGCACCAUUUCUCAGAGAAAAGGAAGUCAUCCAGAAGAACUGAGGGUUUUGAAGCUUAUUCCGGUCCUGCUUCACAUUCUGAGAAAAACAAUCUAAAGAGUAUGUACAACCAAGCAUUUGUGUUUUGUGAGAAAGUCAAGGAGAGACUAUGCAGCCAAGAUGAUUAUCAGACAUUCUUGAAGUGUCUCAAUAUUUUCAGCAAUGGAAUUAUCCACAGGAAAGAGCUGCAGAAUUUGGUUUCUGAUCUGCUUGGAAAAUUCCCUGAUCUCAUGGAUGAGUUUAAUCAGUUCUUUGAGCGUUGUGAGAGUAAUGAUGGUUUCCAGCACCUCGCUGGCGUUAUGAGCAAAAAAUCACUUAGCAGUGAAGAACGUUUAUCUAGGCCAGUGAAGGGGGAGGAAAAGGAAACGGAAAGAGAACACAAACGCGACCUUGAUGCUGCUAAGGAAAAGGAGCGUCCUAACGACAAGUACAUGGGGAAAUCUAUUCAAGAGCUUGAUCUAUCUGAUUGCGAGCGUUGCACUCCUAGCUACCGACUCCUCCCAUCGGAUUAUCCAAUACCUUCCGUCCGCCACAGACAAAAAUUAGGGGCUGCUGUUUUAAAUGAUCACUGGGUUUCUGUCACCUCAGGAAGUGAAGACUACUCUUUUAAGCACAUGCGCAGAAACCAAUAUGAAGAAAGUCUGUUUAGAUGUGAAGAUGACAGAUUUGAGUUGGAUAUGCUGUUGGAAUCUGUGGGUUCUGCUGCGAAAAGCGCCGAAGAGUUGUUGAAUAAUAUAAUUGAGAAGAAAAUAAGUAUAGAGGGCUCCUUCCGGGUUGAAGACCACUUCACAGCCCUAAAUUUACGGUGCAUAGAGAGACUUUAUGGCGACCAUGGUCUUGACGUGACUGACCUAAUACGUAAGAAUCCAACCGCUGCACUUCCUGUAAUUCUUACUCGUUUGAAGCAGAAACAAGAAGAAUGGACAAAGUGCCGUGAAGAUUUUAAUGCGGUCUGGGCGGAUGUGUAUGCGAAGAAUCAUUACAAGUCACUUGAUCACCGCAGCUUCUAUUUUAAGCAGCAAGAUUCUAAGAACUUGAGUGCAAAAGCGCUGGUGACUGAAAUCAAGGACCUGAAAGAGAAGUCUCAGGAAGAAGAUGAUGUUCUUCUGUCUGUAGCUGCUGGUCACAGACAACCCAUAAUUCCUCACUUCGAGUAUGAAUAUUUGGACAGGACUAUUCAUGAAGAUUUAUUCAAACUAGUCCAAUUUUCGUGUGAGGAGAUAUGUUCUACAAAGGAGCAGAUCGGUAAAGUUCUGAGGCUCUGGAAAAGUUUCCUGGAAAUGAUGCUUGGUGUUCCACCCAGGGCCAAGGGGUCAAAUUCUGUUGAAGAUGUUGUAGAAACCAAGCAUCACGGUGCAUUGACGAGUGGGGAGGUUAAUGUGAGCUCUGACUCGACAAAUUUGGUUUCGAGGCAACUAAAGUUUGCUGCCAAUGGAGAUGAGUAUGCUUCAUCUGGGGUCUCCAAACAUGGCGCGACUGGUCUGUUAAAGAGGGAUUCUUCAGCGAAAGAAAAUUGUAAGGAUGGUGAGCCUGCUAAUAAAGAUGUUGCCACCUGUUCUGCUGUAAAACCUCAGAAAGACCAAGAAAAUGGAAAUGGAGCCGAUAAACGAUUUGGAGAUGUUGAUGACAGAGUAGCCACAUUCCCAAGUGGGGUAGAAAACAAUAUUGGUAAAGUAGGGAGUGGCGAUUCCUCAGGUUCACGUGGCAUUUUAUCCAAACAAGGUGACGCUAUAGAGAACGCUGACACCAUAGUUAUAGCAAAUGGAGUGCUACCAGAUGCUUCUAAAGCCAACAGUAAUUAUGAUGAACCUGGUGGUCCAUCCAAUGUUGAGAAGGAGGAAGGUGAAUUGUCACCUAUUGGUGAUUCUGAAGACAACUUUGUUGUUUAUGAAGAUCGUGAUUUGAAGACUACUGCCAAGCCAGAACAUUCCGUUGAAGCUGAAGGAGAAAAUGAUGAUGCUGACGAUGAAGAUGGCGAUGAUGCUUCAGAGGGUGGUGAGGACGCGUCGGGAACUGAAUCUAUUGGUGACGAAUGUUCACAAGACGGUAACGGUAUGGAGGAAGAGGGCGAGCAUGAUGAGAUUGAUGGUAAAGCUGAGAGUGAAGGAGAGGCAGAGGGGAUGGAUUCGCAUCUUAUAGAAGAGGACAAUCGGUUGCUUCCAUUGUCAGAACGUGUUCUAUUAUCCGUUAAGCCUCUUUCAAAGCAUGUAGCCGCAGCAGCGUUGCUUGAUGAGAGACAAAAAGAUUCCAGAGUGUUCUACGGGAAUGACGACUUUUAUGUUCUUUUCAGGCUUCAUCGAACCCUGUACGAGAGAAUUUUGUCUGCAAAAACAUAUUGCACAGGCAGUGAACUGAAUCGGAGAAACACGAAAGAUACUAGUUCACCUGAUCCUUAUGCAAGGUUUAUGAGUGCUCUGUUUAGUCUGCUUAAUGGCUCAGCUGAAAGUUCCAAGUUUGAGGAUGAAUGUCGAGCUAUUAUUGGAAACCAAUCAUAUGUUUUAUUCACGUUGGAAAAACUGAUAUACAAACUAGUUAAACAGCUUCAAGCUGUUGUAGCAGACGAUAUGGAUAAUAAGCUUCUCCAGUUGUAUGAGUAUGAGAAGUCUCGGAAACCUGGGAGGGUCAUUGACUCGGUGUAUUAUGAAAACGCGAGGAUUCUCCUUCACGAGGAAAAUAUUUAUCGGUUGGAAUGUUCGUCCUCUCCAUCCCGUUUGUCAAUCCAGCUUAUGGAUAGUAUAAUCGAAAAGCCUGAGGCUUAUGCAGUCUCCAUGGAUCCCACGUUUGCAAGUUAUCUGCAAAAGGAGUUCCUUUCCAACUCAUCAGGGAAAAAAGUAGCCCCACAGGCCAUUGUGUUAAAAAGGAACAUGCGUGGAUACUCUGGUCUGGAUGAUCUUGCAGUCGCCUGCAAGGCAAUGGAAGGUGUAGAAGUAAUUAAUGGCCUUGAGUGCAAGAUGUCUUGCUCUUCCUACAAGAUCUCGUAUGUCUUGGACACGGAGGAUUUCUUCCAUAGGAAGAAGAAGAAGCAGAAGAAGCCGUCACAUGAAAAAUCAUCAUCGGAGCAACGCAAGUUGUACAGAGUAGAAAGAUUCCACAAGUUUCUCUCAGCUUCAAGAUGACAGCAACAAGAAGAAGAACAUCAAAACGGAUCUUUUAUCAUUUACUUCAACACAAGGAAGGUUAGAGGCAGACCAAGUUCUCCCUACAACUUUCUCAGGAAUAAAAAGAACUUUCAAGUACUUUCUCGUUAGUAUUCUGUGAAGAAGUUCCUUGCACAGUAGUGUGUAUUUAUCUAAUUUGUAUCUUGAUGACUUAGGUUUACCAAAAAAAAUGUGUGGAUGUAAAUAAUGAAAACACAUACGUGGUUGGUUUGUAUCUACAGACAUAGAAAAGUUCAAAGGAGAGAUUCUCUCUUUUAUAUAAAUAAAUGAUUUUUCAACGUUU